AUUACAUCGUACCCGGAAUCAAAUAUUGAAAGUUUCUGGGGAUGGACUUGAUCCUUCCAAUUAAGUUCCUCCGCGUUCCUUCUUCCUUCAAGUUAGAGAGGACGAUCAAUUACGGCCACCAUAUCUCUUCGGUUCGUCAACCUAUAUAAGAUCCUUCUUCUUCCAUUUUCCCUUCAUCUCACCUAUCCACACAAUGUCUUCUUUCCAUCUUCGUCCCGUCGCAGAGCACUCUCCCUCCCCACCAUCAAGCGCCUCGACGACAACAGCAGGAGAUCAUAGUCCCCUUCACAAAUCAUCAAUAAUUCAUACUUCACCACAAUCAGGCGCACCAAGGCGUCCUCUCUCUCCAAGUUCACUUCGUGUCAGGAUGGUAGUUCUACACCCAGAAAGUACCCUGCACCACCCACAGGUCAUGAACUCAUGGCCCUUUUUCCCUCCUGCACCACCAGCAAACUUUGCGGAAAUGAGACCUGGCCCUACCAGUGGAUUCUUUCAAAGACAAGAGCGCGCAUUCUUCGCUCAAGCCGGAAGGGAGAUCGUCCGUGUUCGCGUAGAAAUCGAUGUACCACAGCAAGAGGAUAGCCAUAAUGGCGCAAAAUCCAGGGAACCGCCACAAAAUGGUGCACCGCGGUCUUGGCCACAGCUUCCGCCACACCCUCAGCAUCACUCACCAAUUGAUUCCCCGAUGGGUCCCUAUCCCCAUCAUCCAAAGCAACCCCGGUCUUCUCGUUCGAUGCCGACACCCACACAACCACCAUCCAUGUUUCCCGUGGCACCUCACGGCCAACCACCUCAGCCACCUCUCAAUCUCCACUCACAAUCACAUCAUGGUGGCGUCGGAUUACGUAGUCCACCUCAUGAUGUACAUCCUAUUCCUGGUGCAAAAGUAGAAAUUCCUCCUACAGAGGAUUACCGAGAAGACUCAGAUGAUGCGUGGCGGAGGCCAACUCCUUAUGCAGAUCGCCGGCGAGCAGGAAAGCAUACCAAGCGUAUUGUCGUUCGAAAUUGAUAGACCGUGACAUGGGUUCUUCGGUUGAUCCGAUAACAGUUCCUAUUAUAUGAUUGGACUCUUUACCAUCUUCCGCCGGCUCAACACCGUCGCACCA